CUGCAUGCUGACGUGUAAGCCACGUCAUCACCUCCCUCUUUAAAUCACAGAACUCAACUCCCCCAUUUGUUUCUCUCUCUUCUCCUCCUCUCACUCUCAAGCUUUUCCUUUUCCAUGAAAAAGGUUUGCAGAUUCACUUCUUGAAAACUCCAUUUCUCUCUCUCUUCUUUCUCUCUCUCCUCUUUCUCUCUCUUCUUUCUCUCUCUAACACACACAGACACAGAGAAACUAAACUUGAAGACGAAGGUUGGACAGGUUGCCUGAAUAGCAACAACACAGUCACAUGUUAAAUCUCUCUUUUUUCCCUCUACUGAGUUUUGAAAAAUUCAGAGCCCCACACUUUAUCAUCGAAUAAAUUUGCAUGCCAUCAUCAAUAAAAUCAAUUUCUUCCCCUACUCCCCAAAAAAGGCACCAACAUUAAAAAACGGGUUUGUAGUGGGAGAUUAUGCCGAGGCAGAAGUUAAAUAUUGUUGAUGGGAAAAUUGGAGGAAGAAAUUGCAAAGUGAGGAAGAGGGGUUGUUCUUCGUCUUCUUCGUCGUCGUUAGCGCAUAAUUACCGUUUAAAGCGGGCGAUUUUAGUUGGGAAAAGAGUGGGAUCAAGCACCCCUGUGCCUAGGUGGAAAAUGAUGAGUUCGAAAUCACCUUCGCCGGAAAACGAUAAGGGGUUCAAGAAUUUGGUGGCGAAAGGCGGCGGCGGCGACAGGGGCAAGGAGUUGUCGGUUUCGGCCCGGAAACUGGCGGCAACUCUGUGGGAGAUUGAUGGUUUGCCUUCGCCGAGGGCGAAAAGGGAAGAAAUAAGUGAAUUAGGAUAUGUUAGGAAAGAGAGAAUUUUGGAGAAGUCGAAAUUGGGCUCAAUGGCUCUUGUUUUGUCUGAUCUAUUACAUAGUCCUGUUUCUGAGAGAAUGGAUCUACCGAAAGUAGCCAGCCAUAGACGAAGAGUAUCAGCCGGUUCGCAGAAACUUCUGCAGGCAGAUUGCUUUGUUGAGGUUGAUCAGAUGAAAACACAUGUACAGAGUCCACACAGGCACAUAAACGGAGCGAAGAACCAUCUGAAAGAUGUGUACAACGGUCUAGUAACUUCGAAAGAGGUGCUCAAAAUAAUGAGCCGAAUCUGCCGAUUCGAGCAAGAAAACUCCACAAGCUUAUCCCUUUUCUCCGCCCUCAAAUUCGAGCUCGACCGAGCAUGCGUCCAUGUCAGCAAACUAAUCCAAGAAAACCGGACAAACCGGACUGAGAUCGAACUUCUAACGAAAAAGUUUGAAGAGGAAAAAAUCGUCUGGAAAUUGAAGGAACAAGACAGAAUUCGCAGCGCAAUCAAUUGCAUAGCCGGAGAGAUGGAAACCGAGCGGAAGCUUAGGCGGCAGAGCGAGAGGCUGAGUAAGAAACUCGGGAAAGAAUUGGCCGAGACAAAAGCAUCUCUCGAGGCGGAAAAACGGGCCCGCGAGAUAUUGGAGCAGGUGUGCGAUGAGCUGGCCCGUGGCAUUGGGGAAGACAGGGCUGAGGUGGAGGAGAUGAAAAGGCAAUCGGAAAAAGCCCGUGAAGAAGUUGAAAAGGAGCGGGAAAUGCUCCAAUUGGCCGACGUAAUUCGAGAGGAGAGGGUUCAAAUGAAGCUCUCGGAAGCUAAGUAUGAAUUCGAGGAGAAAAACGCGCUCGUUGAUCAUUUAAGAAACGAGCUCGAAGAAUAUUUGAAGUCAAAGAGAGGCAACAAUGAAGAACGAGUUCUUGAUGAUGAUUGUUCCCCAAGAUAUGAUAAAAUUAAGGAGCUCGAGAAAUAUUUGAGGGAGACUUUGCCGGGCCCCGCUUCGGGCCCGUAUGGUGAAGUGGUCGACGAUGACGUGGAUGAUGAUGAUGACGAUGACGAGGAUGAUGAUAGUGAUCUUCAUUCGAUUGAAUUGAACAUGGAUGUUACGAGCAAGAGCUUUGGAUGGAGCUUUGGAUGGAGUGAUGGUGUGAAGAAAGAAUCGAAGAGGAAUUCGGUUGAUAGAGGUAGUAAAGUGAGAAAGCCCGUUUUGGAGAAGGUUAAAAAACCGAAUGUUUCUUUAUCGGAAGUACGGUUGGAAGGAGGGGUAGAAUGGGAAUUUACCACUAAUAAUAAUAAGGAAGAUAGUUUGGAUGUUUUUGAUAGGAGGGGAGUGUUUGAAUUCGAAUCGAAGCCGUGGAAGAAGGAAAGCGAGGACGAAAUCGAGAGAUAUAAUAUGAUUAAAAAUCUUCGAGACCAUAUCGUUUCGGGUUCGAAAAUGGCUUCAACUCAACAAAGUGUUUCUUCAAAAGAUCCUAAAGAAGUGGGAUUGCUCCUCACUUGUCAAAAAGUUUUUCUGAGCUUUUUUAAGCUGCUACUGAAAUUAACUUCUGACUGCAAUAACUUCUCAGCUUUUAGCUUUUCUUUUUUUCCCCUUAAAGUCAAAGUGAAGAGAACUAAGUCUUACAAUACUAUUGAAGUGUCAGAACAGCCUGCACCAUAA